GGUUCAGAUAUCAGCGCUCUGCGCGCAACAGGACGCACUGAAUUAUCCUGAAGAGGAAUACACACACGCUCUUCCGCUGCCAGCUCCGAUUCACUUGAUUUAAUCACUGAAGACAUUUAUUUUUUCAUUUUGAAAGGACACAUUUGUAAAAGAGAUGAAAGCGUGGAGAGUCCGGUUUCUGUACUUUCUGGUGUUGAAUGCAGCUGUGCAGAGUGUGACGUCUGUGGAAGAAGAGCUCGCCGAUUCUAUUUUUGGUAACUUCCUCGACCCUCUGAAAGACCUGUUCAACCACAAGGAUGACAGCAAUCAAACUGUUGCGAAAUUCUCCCUCCGCAAACCAUCCCAUCCUGAUGACGACCUGUGCUACAUCGUUCCCGGCAACUCGGACUCCCUGGCAGCUUGCACCUUCAACAGCACCUCCAAAACCUUCCUAGUAAUCCACGGGUGGACGCUGAGCGGGCUGUUUGAAAGCUGGGUGGCAAAGCUGGUCUCAGCACUGUAUGACAGAGAGCAGACGGCCAACGUCAUCGUGGUGGACUGGCUCACCUCGGCACAGAACCACUACAUCAUCGCAGCUCAGAACACCAAAGCAGUGGGGCACGAGAUUGCUCGCUUCAUCGACUGGAUUGAGGAAACCACAAACAUGCCUCUGGAGAACAUCCACCUGAUUGGCUACAGCCUCGGAGCUCAUGUGGCAGGAUUUGCUGGAAGCCAUGCAACCAAUAAAGUCGGAAGAAUAACUGGUCUGGACCCAGCUGGUCCCGACUUUGAGGGCGAGCACGCCCACAGGCGUCUGUCCCCUGAUGACGCUCACUUUGUGGACGUCCUCCACACCUUCACGCGGGGCUCCCUGGGGCUCAGCAUCGGCAUCCAGCAGCCUGUCGGCCAUGUGGACAUUUACCCCAACGGAGGCAGCUUCCAGCCAGGCUGCAACCUCAGAGGGGCGCUGGAGAAGAUCGCUAACUUAGGGUUGUUUGCCAUCACCGAUGCAGUAAAGUGUGAACACGAGCGCUCGGUCCACCUGUUCAUAGACUCCCUGCUGAACGAGCAGGAAGCGGCCAAGGCCUACAGGUGUGGCAGCAACGACAUGUUCGACCGCGGCAUGUGUCUCAGUUGCCGCAAAAGCCGCUGCAACGCGGUGGGCUACGACAUCAGCAAGGUCCGCAAGGCGCGCAACGUUCAGAUGUACACCAAGACGCGGGCCUCCAUGCCUUUCAGAGUUUACCACUACCAGCUGAAGAUCCACUUCUCCAGUAAGGUGAAUCACUCGGAGAUGGAGCCGUCACUCACUGUCUCGCUGUACGGAACAAAAGGAGAGAGUGAAAACCUGGAGCUCAAACUGAAGGAGAAAAUAGCAACAAAUAAGACACAUUCAUUCCUGCUGGUGACAGAGAAAGAUAUCGGAGAUCUGCUGAUGGUGAAGUUUAAAUGGGAGGAGACAAAUGGGUGGUCAGCUUCCAACAUGUUGAAGAUGGUUUCUUCAUGGUGGUCCGGUGACUCGGACAGUGCAGAUGUGGAGGUUCAUAAAAUCCGCAUCAGAGCUGGAGAGACCCAACAAAAGAUGGUGUUCUGCGUAAAAGACCCAGAAGCUCUGAAAUUAACCCAAGAGGUCACAUUUGUUAGAUGUAAGGAUGCGUGGAGGGCGAAAUCGAAACGAACUCCCAGGAGAGUAACUCUGGAGAACCACUGACCUCGAAGAAAGGACACCGCUGUUGAACGCCCUUCAGUCCAUUUCAGCACUUAAAAGUAAAUAAUUUAUACACCCAACUGUAACUUAUUUCUCAAACGAUACAGAGCUCUCACCGCCUUGUAUAUACAUCCACAAAACUGUUAUUUAAAACAAUAUGUGUGUGAAUACUGUAAGAUAUUUUGUAAAGAGCUCCUUGUAUGUAUGACACUUAAAUAUAACUUCACUCUUGGUGCAUGUUUUGUAUCCAAAGAGAUGGGUACUCGUCACGUCAGAGCCUCGCAUACUGAGACUGGAUUUACCUUAACAGUUCAGGAGGUACUGAUGUCCUAUUGGGUAAAACACCUCAAGUUAAAUUUCAUGAUUAUAAUGACCAUCAGGCAUUGAUGACUACACAGUUCUUUCCUAAGAUAAAAUGAAACAAGAUGAAACAGAUUAAUGCAAUAAUGAACUAUUUAUUUUUUAACAGAAACAAACAAUUGUGCGACAGCAGUUGAAACAGUGUGAAAAACCUCCACACAGCAGAUUCUCUCCUUCGCUCCAUGACGUUUGACGUAGCUCGCGUUGCCUCCGAUCACCUUAGGUAUAGUUUGCAUUUUCGGAUAUCUUAUCCAUCUGUUUUGAUGAUAUCUGGGCCGAUAUUCGAACCAGAUAUCAGAUCAGUGCAUUUCUAGCCCAGUCGCCAGAAGAAAUGUUGGAAUUGUACGUUUCUGCAAACCACAGAUUUGUUACAUCUGCAAUUAUUUUAUUUCCAAUUGCAAAACUCAUUUCAACAACUUGUCUCUGGCACAAAAAAACUUGGUUAUGGUUAGGAAAAGACCAUGUUUGGGCUUACAGUACCCUUUUUUGGGGACACAAUUUCCACUUGAAAAAGCAGUGAUAUCUGCCCGCUGGAAAAAUAUGGAUGGGUCACUGCAAAACACUUACAUUAGAUGAAAAGCAGCUGUAAAAACGUCAAUGACUCGCUAAAAUCACAACCGUUUUGUUGUUGUUGGUCUCGAACAGUGGUCUGCAGCUCACCUAGGCGACACACCAGCCACCCUCCUGCCCUCCCCCUGAUGACAAAGUACGCUCAUCUACUAGAAACGUCGAUAUAACACAGGUGAAACAUGCAAAUGUAACAUGUCUUCUGGUGACUUGGCUGCAAAAAAGAAGAAUAUAACUGCCAAUAUGAAUUUCUUGAGGUGUUUUAUGCAAUAUGGUGCAGUGGAUUUACCUUCAUGUAUUAUCUAACCAACAGAGCAUUCACCACUCUGGCUCCCAGCACUCUAUGUGACUGUGGGACCUGUAACAAUGUGCCUUACUGUAAACUGUAGCCAGAUGUAAGCUGUUGCUAACUUGUCUUAACUUUUUUUCACCUCAGUGUGCUUUAGUUUUGUUGUUGUAUAAACUUUGUGACUUUUACUGAAACAUCUGAACAUGCAAACGUUGUUUUAAAAACCUAUUUUUACUGCUACGCCUCUGAGAGAUGUUACUUUGAAGCUGUUACCUCAAAGAAGCACCUGACAUUUUGUCCACUUACAGUUCUGUUAAAGUUACACGAAGUGCAUGAUGCUCAGUGUGAAGUUGAAAGCACAGUUUAUAUAAAUGUUGUCUCUCUUGACUGCAAUUUCUUCUCUGCAUGUGACUUUUUAAAUCUCGACUAAUGCUCUUUUAUUCAUCUAAACCUUGGCUCUUUAGAGAUCGGUACUGUAAUCAUUGUGACUUUAUUUCUACCUACUUUAAAGAAGUGGAAAUGUUUAACUUUUGCACUGAAAACAGGAGAAGAAAUUGCGAAAACCAAGUUACUUGUACAGUUAUGUAAAUACCAUGAUACAGAUGAUAGAUUUUGGGGAAUGGGACACUGUUAGUUAUAUAUAUUUUUACCUCCCGAGGAAUUUAAUCUGUAAAAUGUGCCUUUCUAUAAUCUUUUGUACAUAUUUGUAAAUAUUCACUGUACUGUAUAAAUUCUUUAAUAAACCAAAAACUGCCUUCUGAGAGGUCACC